AUGAGUAAGCUCCAAAGUGACGCUGUUAAGGAUGCCAUCACCCAGAUUGUUGGGGAGGCGAGAGAAAAGAAGCGCAAGUUCACUGAGACUGUGGAGCUUCAGAUCGGUCUCAAAAACUACGACCCACAAAAGGACAAACGUUUCAGCGGCUCAGUGAAGCUGCCCCAUAUCCCCCGCCCAAAGAUGAGGGUGUGCAUGCUUGGUGAUGCCCAGCAUGUCGACCAGGCUGAGAAAAUGGGACUUGACUACAUGGAUGUUGAAAGUCUCAAGAAGAUGAACAAGAACAAGAAGCUUGUUAAGAAGCUAGCCAAGAAGUACCAUGCUUUCUUGGCAUCAGAGGCCAUAAUCAAGCAGAUCCCUCGUCUCCUUGGCCCUGGUCUUAACAAGGCAGGCAAGUUUCCCACUCUGGUUAGUCACCAGGAAUCUCUUGAAGCCAAGGUCAACGAGACAAAAGCUACAGUCAAGUUCCAGCUAAAGAAGGUUCUUUGCAUGGGUGUUGCUGUGGGCAACUUGUCGAUGGACGAGAAGCAGAUCCAACAAAACAUCCAAAUGAGUGUCAACUUCCUUGUGUCCCUCCUGAAGAAGAAUUGGCAGAAUGUGAGGUGCCUGUACGUGAAGAGCACCAUGGGGAAGCGUGUACGGGUGUUCUAA